AUGGAAAUUGAAGAUAUUGACGACGACUGGGAGUUCUCAGAUGAUGACAACGAUCCCGUAAUUCAAGAUGCCAUAAAUGGAGGACAAUUGGUGGGAAAGCAGCCCAAAAUAAGAUUGCAACGACUGCAGCGACUGCAACGAUUGCAACCACAGAAUAAAUCAGUUUGCACUAAGCCAUUAGGACAGCCCGCCAAACCAGGAGGUGGAGAAGACACGUCCACUUCCAAAACCUCAACCACUAAACGAAAGGUGCAACACGUAUUGUCCACGGUUGCACCAAAAAUUAUCAUCCCUACUCACCAUGAAAUGGAUUUUGGAAAUUUACAAACCUACAUCUAUCCCACGAACUUUGAAGUUCGUGAUUAUCAGUACAAUAUUGUUCGAAAAGCGUUUUAUGACAAUUUGCUAGUGGCGUUGCCCACGGGAUUGGGUAAAACGUUCAUUGCUUCUACAGUUAUGUUAAACUUUCUACGAUGGUUCCCCAGUUCCAAGAUUAUAUUUAUGGCUCCAACAAAGCCUUUAGUGGCGCAACAAAUCAAGGCUUGCUGCUCCAUUACAGGUAUAUCAAGCUCUAAAGUGGCCAUUUUGUUGGAAAAGACGAAAAAGAAUAGGGAGGAGAUUUGGAAUUCUCGUCAAGUGUUUUUCACUACGCCUCAAGUAGUCGAAAACGAUUUGGCAUCUGGCGUAGUGAACCCAAAAUCAAUUGUGCUAUUGGUUAUUGAUGAAGCGCAUAGGGCUAGGGGAAACUAUUCUUAUAAUAAUGUGGUCAAUUUUCUUCGAAGGUUUAACGAUUCGUUUAGAACUUUGGCAUUGACUGCUACACCGGCUGCAGAUGUGGACGGUGUUCAAGAUGUUAUCGAUAACUUAAAGAUCUCCAAGGUUGAAGUGAGAACGGAGCAGAGCAUAGACAUAAUCAAGUACAUGAAGAGGAAAAAGAUUUGUCGGCGAACCUUGGAUACGUCAAUGGAAAUUCGGAAUUGUGUUGCGUUGUUGUCGAAAGCAAUUGCUCCAAUAUUGAAAACGGCUAAUGAAAAAGGUUUAAUUGAUGAAACUGAACCAACACGAAUCAAUGCUUUCAAAUGCAUGGAAGCGUCAAGAAGACUAAUCGCGAAUCAUUCAAUCCCUGAAGGUCUCAAAUGGGCCAAUUAUUUUAUUUUGCAGCUACUAGGAACAGUGGGGCAAUGCUAUCGAAGGUUGAACAUAUAUGGGGUUAAUUCAUUUUACAGUUAUUUCAUGAACAAGUAUCAAGAGUUUGAUACGAAAUGGAAUAAGAAAAAGUCGAAGAACAAGUUGAAUGCUGAUUUUUAUUACAGUGAGCCGAUUAAGGAGUUGAUAGAGAGCCAAGAGAAUGCAAUUUCGAGUCAAGCGUUUAGCCAUCCCAAAAUAGAAGCAUUGAUGGAAGAACUUGAGGAUUUCUUUCAAGAGAAGUGUGAUGAUGACAGUUCUCGGGUGAUUAUUUUCACUGAAUUUCGUGAGUCGGCGUUGGAAAUUGUUAAAAGCAUUGAAAAAGAAGGCAAGCAAUUCAAGCCACACAUUUUCAUAGGACAGGCAAAAGAGAAGGAAAAAUUUGACGUUGAAAAUUUUGGGCAAAAGAAGGGUGCUAAGAAGAAAUCAAAAAAGGAUGUUAAUGACGAGAGAGAUUCUUUGCGUACAAGCUCUGAGAAUGCACAGAUUAGUGGAAUGAACCAAAAAUUACAAAAGGAAAUUAUCAAAAAAUUUAAGAAUGGAGAAUACAAUAUUCUUGUGGCCACUUCGAUUGGGGAAGAAGGUUUGGACAUUGGUGAGGUUGAUUUGAUUGUUUGUUAUGACUCCACUUCAUCUCCGAUUAAAAAUAUCCAACGUAUGGGUAGAACAGGUCGUAAACGUGAUGGCAAAGUUCUUUUGUUGUUUUCAAGUAAUGAGGAGUCUAAAUUUGACAAAGCUAUGGCUGGUUAUGAGUAUAUUCAGGAUCACAUUAUGAAGGGUGAUUUAAUAACAUUGUGCCCUCAAAAUAGAAUAAUACCCGAACAAUAUACUCCUCAAGUUGUUGAGACAUUUAUUGAAAUUCCACAGGAGAAUUUAGAGAUCAAGCAGGAAGAUGACGAGGACGAAAUCAUCAAAAUUGCAACACAGUAUAUGUUGGGGGAUACACCGAAAAAGAAGAACAACCCCCGGAAGAAGCAACAAAAACAUCAAAAGAAGUUCUUCAUGCCUGAUAAUGUUGAAACUGGGUUCAAGAAUGUUUCGGAGAUGCUUAAGGAAACGAGCAACAAGACGAGUGUUUCCACCACAGCUCCUCGUCGUCGUGUCAAGACUGCAUUAGAUUUUCUCGAGUCUAGUGAUGAUGAUGACUUGGAGAUAACUAUGAUAAAAACGCCAGAGAAGGACCAUUCAACAGUCAAUAGCGAACAGAACCUUGAGAAUAACCACAUAGAGCUCACCGAUGAUGACAAAGAGAUUACCUUGGAACGAAGCUUAGAAACUGACGAUAACCCGACCACGAUUGAGAGUAAUGUUGUCACUUCGAAUGAUGUGUCAAAGUCCAAACAUGACGACCAGAUUCAUCAUACGCCUUCAACAAGCUUCAAUUCCGAGACCGACGGUGCUUUCAAACUGUUGAGUAGAGAACCUCAUACGGUUGAGGGUAUUGAUAUUCUUGAUGAUUCAUUUGCGUUUAGUGAUGACAAUGAAGAUAACGAUGAUGGUAAAACUGUCGAAGUCCCAGCGGACUGUCCAAAGGUGGCCAUAAACAAUCUGGGCCAAACUGACUCUCAAACUAACAAAGAAUCUCAAAGGUCACUUGGAAUCAAGAAACAAUUAUAUGUAUUGAAUACUGAGCAUUUGCCAAAGAAGAGAAUAUUAAUACGUGAUGACGAAUUGAGCUCGUUUGAUGAUAUUAAUAACACCAACACAUCAACGCAAAAGAAAAGAUCAUUGGGUAUAAAGAGACCAAGAGUGAUAAACGCGACAAAAGCCACUAGCGUAGCACCAGUGAAACCAGGUGAAUCAGAUGAGCAGAAUCAAUCGCUCACCGGGAUAAUGAACAAAGAGAGUUCCAAAGUCGUGGAGGAGAACCCUAGAAGUCUUCCUGAUAGUGAAGAGCACGAUCUCUUGGAUGAUGAUUUAGACGAUGUAAUUGCUCACUACACGGGUAUAAUCAAUAAGUGA